AUCUCUUAAUGUGUAAUUAUAAAUUGUUAUUAAAAGUAUUGAAUAAACCAUAUUCUUUAGCAGGUGGUGACAAAAGCAAAGAAGUUAGUAGACUGACUAAUAAAUCAAGUGCACUUGAUGAUCUUGGAGAACUGGGACAGUAUCUUAUCAAAGAACAACUAAAUUCCCAAGUAAUAACAACAUUUAAAAAAUUUCCGGAUAAAGUGCCAAUUAACACCCUUAUAAAAAAUGCAAGCAAAGAUGAAACCAAAGAUGUUAUUUCUGAAGCUUUAAACUUAGAUUUAAAUUACUUAAUAUCCAAAGAAAAUAAGGACUCUAAAAGAGAUGAAUUACACUAUUGUCUACCAGAAGACAAAGAUGACGAAAUUUUGGUGGAUAUCGGAAAAGAUUUAGCAUAUGACAGUUUAAGUGAAUGUUCUGACAGUAGUUUCAGAGGGCAAGAAUGCAGUGGUUUAAAAUCGAUAAAAGAAGAAGAGAAUAAAAGGAACCUGAAUAUUGACGAUAUUUUUAUUAGGCUAGCAGACAUUGAACCGAGUGGUAUUCCCCCUUUGACCAUAUUAAAGGAGGUGCAGGAUGUUACAGUGACUCUUCAAUUUGGAAAAAAUAAACCCAAAGAGUUUGUACAAGUGGUUGUUGUUACAACGAUAAAUAAGAACAAACAGUCUCUUAACAAUUACUUAUUUCAAGUUGUUGUCCCAAAGUCUUGCCGGGUUAAACUAUUAUCACCUUCGUCGACUGAGUUACCCGCCUACAAUGCUUUUAUACCACCAAUGGCUAUCACUCAAAUUAUGCUUAUUGCGAAUCCAAAUCAUUUGCAGUUAAAAUUGAAAUAUGUAAUUAGUUUUGCUGUAGGUGACGAAACUGUAAUGGAAACUGGAGAGGCGGUAAUUUUGCCUGUGAUCAACAGUUACAAUUAAACAAAAGUAUUUUUGCAUUACAAAGUAAUGUAUGUACUUAUUCUACCAAUAGUUGAGUCAUGUUUUAGUAGGUAACUUACUGUUUUAAUAGUUUGCUUAUUUAUUUAUUUAUAUCUUUUCUCUGGUGACUAGUCUUUUUAAUAGUGUUAUGAUCCAUAUUGUCAAUUAGGGUUUUUUAGAGAAUUCAAAUUGGUAGUUCUCAAAAACAGAACUUUUUUAGAUAUUUAUUCUAAAUUGUUAUAAUAUUUUAAUGCCUUCUGUGUUUAUAUAUGCGUGUAGCUAAAUUGCGCGAUUAACGUUUUCCAUUUAUUUGUGAUAUGUAGUAAUUUUUAUACACUUCGUGUCAAAAUUAUCCAUUCAAAAUUAAUUUUCUGGUAAAUCACUAAAUCAAUUUUUAUGAUCAUUUUCUUAAAAUGUAGUCUGCUUACAGGGAAAAUAAACGAAUGGAGCAAAAAAAAACAGCAAUAAAGAAAGUCAGUAUCGCGUGUCUCUGCUUCUGAUAAUGACUCAACAUCAACAGUUGAUGCUUGAUAAUAGAUUCUUAACCUGAUCUUGAACAAUGCAAUUUUGUAUGUCUUCGGAGUUUGUCAAGAAUCGAGGAUACAUGCUGAUGGUCUCUAACUUGCCUACCCAAAUUCUCUCACAGAUAUCCUAUAGGGUUGAGAUCUGAAUUGCCCAAGGGCCAGUCUAGUGUCUCUAGAAAUAUGAAUAACAAACAAUACCAGAUUAGGGGUCUAAUUUCAAGUAUGAGCUGCCUAUGUGCAUUUGUUAUAAGGAGUAGAAGCGGAAAUACUCGAUAUUGAUUUUCUUUGUUGUUUUCGAUUUUAAAUGAUUUGUUUAUUUUUCCUGUUAUUGCUUGUUGUUAUUAUUUAAGUUCUUAAAUUUUUACAUUGAAAUGGUACAUAAUAAGCUUAUCUGUGUUAUAAUCUAUUUUAUUAGUAGAUAUCAUAGCACUAUUAAAAGAAAUGUUUGGAAAAGAUGGGGCUACAGCGUGUCGUUGACAGGCUCCGGCUGUUAUCAAUUACCAAUUAUCAUUCCUACAUUUUGUAUAUGAAAAAAAUAGAAAUUUUGAAUUUAUGCUACUUUUCAAAUUUUGAUACGAAGUGCAUAAACGUUACCAAAAAAAAAACUAAAUAAUAAAAAUACUAAUUGAAGAUCUUACCAAAAUUGCUAAAUAUAGUAAAAAAGUAUGAAAAUUAUGCAAUUUUAUUUUUUAAUAUGCACAGAGUAAUUCAAAAAUUGUGACUGUUACAUUAGAUAUGCAUUGGAUCCUUCUAAAUGUAAACCUGCUUUAAUAUUCUAGAGAGAUAAUGUAAUUUAUUAAUGCAUAUGUAUUUCAUAAAUUAGAAAUGAAUUAAUAUAACAAUUAAAUGAUUCGAUGGAAACGCAUUAUACAUCAAAAAAAUUGUUAAUUUCAUUGAGUAGAAUAAAUUUUUGUUAAAAAUUGACCUAUAGUUUCGGAUAAAUUUCUAGAUAUAUAAGAAAUAUAGAUGAGAAAAACUAAUGUGCAAUCUUCUUUUUGGUACUAAUAACAAAUAAAUAUUUUUUAUAGUAACAAUUUUGAAUCACUCUGUAUAGGUAUAUUGAAAAAUUAUUUCUAUUUUUUUUUUUUAAUAUUCUAAAUAAUGAAAUGUUUAAUAUCUCGUGUAUUUGUUAUUCAUUAGUUACAAAAGAAAAAUCAAAAGAUUCAGGGAGAUCUAUUUUGUGAUGUAAAUGAACAUUUAUUUAUUAUGGUCUACGGUGAGUGGUAAUGUAAAGUAAUCGUAUUAUUAUAGGUAUCUAUUAAUAAUUGUCCUUUUUUCAAUUAUUAUGUUUGUGAUCUCGAAUUUUUUACAAAAAGGCGUUCAAUUUAGCGAUUGCGUGAUCAUGUUGUAAAAUUAGCUUGUUACUUAAAAAAAUUGUCUUAAUAUAUAUUUUAUUCUUAAUCUCCAAAAAAGUUGUUAUCGUGAUGAUUAUUAAUUAACUUUAUUUAUAUAUCUUAUUUAUAUUAAUGUUCAUCCUCAAAAUGCAUAUUUUUACAUAA